AAAGCGUCUGCUAUAAAAUUUUAUAGUGUUUAAUGUUUAUCGUGUCAAGUCAACAAAAGAAAAAUGAUUUAUACAACAUUCAAGAAAAAAAAUUUUUUACAAAGUUAUUUCUAAACAAAAACAAACGACAAAGUAGAAAGUUAAAAAUAUCAAAAACUUUUAUUUGUACAUUUGAAUUAUCUUAUAAGACUUGAAUUUUUUUAUACGCAAUAUAAGGGGAAAAAAGUGUAAUUAAAUAUAAAAAUAUGAGUAUUACAAGAAAUGGUACUUGUAUGGCAAUGUGUCCAAAAAGUGAACGACUCAUGAGAGAAGAAAAACGUUUAUUGCAUAUUUUCGAGAGAAAGGAAGAAAAAGCUGAUCCUACGAAAACAGUGAAGUGUUUUAAUAGACCAGCAGCUGGUCGCACAAUGACAGAUCUCAGUGAAUUAAGACCUAAACCAGUUUUGAUAAUGACCAUGAACUAUUUAUUUACCAAAAUAGCAACAAGAGCCGAUUAUAAUUGGUCAUUUAUAUAUGAUUUUAUUUUUGAUCGUUUACGAGCCAUAAGGCAAGAUUUAGUAAUUCAAAGAAUCAAUCCACUGGACACAAUUGAAAUAUUAGAACCAAUCGUUCGAUUCCACGUCUAUGCGGCGCAAAGACUUUGUACACAUUCUAUUUCAACUUUUGAUCCAAAAAUAAAUAAUCAACAUUUACUAGAAUGUUUAAAACAUUUACUCGUUUGUUAUGACGAAUGCAGUAAUGUAACUUUAAAUGAUUUUAAUAUCAAUGAAUCAUUAAGAAAUUUAAAUUUAAAUGAUAAUCGAACACAAAUGGAGGCAAUUUACAUUUUGGUUAAUUUAGGUGAAAUUAAUUCUCUCACUAGAGGUUUAAAUUUGCCAAUAAAAUAUAAAGAAUCUCGAGAAGUGAAACAAGCAAUGGAAAUAUCUUUUUCUGCCUACUUGAAUAAUUAUGUACGUACCUGUCGAUUAAUAAGUACAUUGUCACCUUUAUUGAAAUGUGCAGCUUUAUGCAAUUUAAGAAAAAUUAGGAGGGUUGCCUUAGAAAUAAUGAGUGUAGGAUAUAAUAGCAGAACAUUGAGUUUUCCAGAAGAAAAAUUGCAAGAAAUUUUACUUUAUCGUGAUAUUGAUCAAAUUAGAAUUGAUUCUCGUUUUUUUGGAUUCAUGUACACUAAUGGAAAUAUUUUUUUUGAAAAAGAAAAAUUUCAAAACACUGACAAAAUUGCAAAUCCAGAAAUGUUGUUCAAUGAGAAGGAAUUACAUAAACUUUUACCAGAUAUUUUAUUAGACUAGUGAAGAAACUUGGCAAUUGAAUUGUAUAAAAAAAAGCAAUCUGCAAGUGAUAUAAAAUAUGAUGCAAAUUUUCCAGGGUUAUUUAAAUAGAACAAUUACUAUUUAAAUUUCAAAUAUAUGUAUUUUUUUAAGUACAUUUUCUAUUUAUAAUUAGAAAAUUAAGGGAAUUUAUUAUAAAUUAAAGAAAAAUUUGUAAAAACAA